GUCCCAACGCCGCUGCCCGGGGCCGCGAGGCCUUCCGCCCUGCGAGGUGCGCGGCGCGUCACACGUGGCUGCGCCGAGUGUUGUGGUGUCGGCGACUUGCACCUCUCCCGCCCCGCUGCCUCACCUCUUCCUCUUCCUCCUCCCUCUCUUCCUCUUCCGUCCUCCCCCAAAUCUCCAUCCUUUUACUUCUCGUUGCUGCUCCUCCUCUCUCUCUUCCUUCAUCCUCCCCGUCCGUCCCCCUUUUUCACCUCUUUCUCUUCCUCCUCCUCCUCCUCCUCUUCCUCCUCCUCCGUGCCGCCCGGCCGUGGGUGUGGCCGGCUGCCAAGCUUGUGUGGUGGCCCCGUUGGCGGGGGUGCGCCCUCCCCGCCGUGGCGCAGAGACGGGUCAUCCUGGAGGAGCCUCCGGGGUCACCAGGGGAGGUCGGGGCUGGAACCUCGACCUCCUGGAAAGUAUCUCGCACGACCUCGUAUGAGACCCAGCAGCGGGUGGUGACGAGCCGCGUGGAGACACUUCCGCUCCACCUGGGCAGCACAGCCCCGCCGCGGAUCGUCUCGAGCGUGACCCGCCUCCCGGCCCUCCCCGCCCUCCCCAACCUCCCCACCGUGCCGGCCCUGCCCGGGGACGCAGUGCGGUCACAGCGCCGCGUCGCGCCACGUGCCGAGGGAGGCUACCUGCCGCAGCGGAGCUUCUCCUUCAGGGAACGUUCGGACUCCCUGGGCGGAGCGAGCAGCCUGCGGCCCCACGACGCCGCGGCGCCCUCCCACCACUUGUCCAUGGACCUGGAGGUCCCCGAGGCAGCACGCCAGCAGACCCUCACCGUCAACCACUCCUUCCCCGACCUCUACGACAUGGCUGGCCAGGGCCAGGGCAAGCUGCCCCGCACGCUCUCCACCUCGGCGCUCCGCAUCAAGAACCGCUCCGUCUUCUGGGAAAAGUUUUGGCAGGGCCCGAUGGAGCCGCGGGUGGGGAGCAAGCUACACGGGGAGGACCUCAUCGUGACCCCCUUCGCGCAGAUCUUGGCGUCGCUCCGCUCGGUGAGGAACAACUACAUCAACCUCACCAAUGUGUCCACCUCCAAGUCUCGCCGGUCCAGCGCCGCGGCGGGCUGCUCCACGCCUCAGCCCAAAAGCUUUACCUAUGGUGAUGAGACCUACACCAAGGUGGCGCUGGAGACCCUGGAGGAGCUGGACUGGUGUCUGGACCAACUCGAGACGAUCCAGACCCACCGCUCCGUCUCCGACAUGGCGUCCUCCAAAGUGAGUACCCGUGGCCCGUUUUCUUUGUUCCUCCUCUUCGUUUUCCCGUUUUCUGUAUAUGUAUUGCUCCUACAGGUAUCUCGGGCGACUUAUCCAUGUGUAUUACUUCGUUCACGUGUUCAUAUUUCUCCUUAUCAUCAAAUUUUGUCUUUGGUACACGUUUUCUUUCUUUCUCCUCUUCGUUCUCCCGUUUUCUAUAUGUAUUGCUCCUACAGGUAUCUCGGGGCGACUUAUUCAUGUGUAUUACUUCGUUCACGUGUUCAUAUAUCUCCUUAUCUUCAAAUUUUGUCUGUAGUACACGUUUUCUUUCUUCUUCCACUUCGUUUUCCCGUUUUCCGUAUAUGUAUUGCUCCAACAGGUAUCUCAUUAGCUUAUCUCAGGACACGUUAGCCAUAAAUAUUUCUCUUUUCACAUACUGAUAUUUCUCCUCCUCGUCAGAUUUAGUCUUCAUACGAGUACACUUGCUCACGUUUUGUUUUGUUUUUUUGUUUUUUUUGUUUUGUUUUGUUUUGUUUUUCCUCCACUUCGUUUGCAUUUUCUACAUUUUCUCGUUAAAGCAGCUAUUGAGGGACACGUUUUCCCCUGAAGGUUUAUCAUUGUACACAUUCGUAUUUCUCAAGCUCGUCGAUUUUUUUUGUCCUCAAGUAAACAUUCUACCUUAUCUCCUCUUUUCGCUGUUUUCUCCUUAUUCAAGUAUUUAAGGACACGUUUUUCAUGCAUAUUUCUCCUUUCUCACAUUAAAUAUUUCUCCUUCUCGUCAUUAAUUCUUUUCCUGUACACAUUCUACAUUUAUAUUUCUCUUUUUCUGUAUUUUUCUCGUUCAUUCGCAUAAUUCCGGACACGUUCUCCAUUUAUAUUUCUCCUUUUACACGGUUAAAUUUCUCCUCUUCAACAGUUGUCUGCCUCCUACAGAUAUCUCAUUCUAUCUACCUUUACAUUUCUCUUUUUCUGUAUUUUUCUCGCUCAUUCGCAUAAUUCCGGACACGUUCUCCAUUUAUAUUUCUCCUUUGACACCGUUAGAUUUCUCCUCUUCAACAGUUGUCUGCCUCCUACAGGUAUCUCAUUCUACCUUUACAUUUCUCUUUUUCUGUAUUUUUUUCGUUUACUCCCAUAAUUCAGGACACGUUCUCCAUAUAUGUUUCUCCUUUGACACGGCUAGACUUCUCCUUCUCGUCAAAAAUUAUCUGCAAGUACAUAUUCUACUUUUAUCUUUCUCCUUUUUUGUGGGUAUCUGUAUUGGGAGGGCGGACUCGUGUAUUAUUUUUUUAUUAUUUUUAUUUUAUUUUUCGUCACCGUCAUCGUCGAGUGUCUGAAGUACGCUCUCGAGGUAGUAAAUGCAUUUUCUUUCGCGUCCAAGGGAUUGAAUCGGCUU